CGAACUAGUUCCCUCAAAAACACGUACGCUGUGGUGAAUUUCUUCAACAAUAUAAUCAAUGAAAAUGGCAGGAGCUUCUUCCAUGUUUCGCCUGGUAGCCAUGAUGGUUAUGGCCAUUGUUGUACUGUUAUCAUCAACAUCUGAAGCUGAGCAUCAUGGGUCGCCGGCGGCAGCAGUUUCGUGCAAUCAACUUAUUCCGGCGAUCACUCCUUGUCGUCGAUACUUGAUGGGAACUAAUUCCAAGCCUUCUGAAGGCUGCUGCAAUGGCGUCAAGAUCAUCAACGAGAAGUCAAGAGCCAAACAAGACCUGGUUGUUGCGUGCAACUGCAUCAAGCAAGCACUCUCCCUAGUGGGCAAAUAUGAUCCUAAUCGCAUUCCUAUGAUUCCUAAACAGUGUGGCUUCCCUUUCUCCCUUCCUGCCAUUAGUAAGAACACUGAUUGUUCCAAGCUUGUGGAGGGUGGCUUUUGAAUAAGGCUUGGUUUGGAUGAAGAAGAAGUGGGAAAAAAACAGAAAAAAAAAGAAAUAGGAGAAAAAAUUUUAAAAAAUAGUAAAUUUUAUUUACUAUUUUUAAGAGUCUUUCUUUCUAGUUUUCUUUUUUCUUUAUUUUUUUUCCUUAUUCAAACGAAAGGCUAGUGUGACAUGAAUCAACAAGCUUGCUAUAAAUAAUAUGAGGAUAGAUAAUUACUCUCAAAAAAAUAAAAAAUCCACGUAACUUGCCUAGUCAACGGAAUGCUGUGUUGCCAGUUGCUUAACUUGCUUUGGUCAACGGAACCUGUGUUGCCAAUUGCUCAAGUAUGCUCUUUGACUAUAAUUAUUAAAUUUUCUAUAUGUAUAUCAAUA